AUGGAAUCCUCGAAAAUUCUCUUGGUGUGGACAAGCCCAAUAUCAGAUGCAGUAGCACAGCUAUUCAACAAUGUAUCUGUGAAACUGUCUGAAUUGAUUGAAUGUAUUACAAACAAUAUAAUGGCAACAGAUUUAUUUCAUCUAAUAAUUCCGUUAGAUUCUUUGCAAAAAUUAAUCGAAGAUCCAGUCUAUCACUUCCCCCAAAUACAGUAUAUUGAUGUUUAUUUCGACGAUUUGGAUGAUCCAUUUGGAAAGCAACUCUAUCUUACUGUUCUACAUGAUCAUCGAAUCAAAUUUCAUUCUAUACGAGAUCUACCUCAACGCUUAUGUAAAAUCAUCUGCGAUAAUGCUGUAGUAGCAAUAUCUGAUUCAUUAUGCAGAGAAAUCGUUUAUGCUUUGUCUUCAUCCAUCGAAGACCGUAUUGGUGCUAAAAGUGCCUCAAUGUUACUUCGCCAUUGUAAGACAUCGAAACAAUUUCCUCUAGCUGAUCUUAGAGGAUUUCCUGUGAAGAAUAUUGAUGAAGUUCACUCAGACUUCAAAUGUACUUCUUGUCAAUUAGUGUUUGAACAGCUGUAUCGACUUGAAUGUGGACAUCGAAAGUGUUCUAUAUGCGUGAAAGUUCGAACGAAAUGUGCCGUUUGUUCGAUAACUAUCACGCCAAAUCGAAUUUCUGUUGGUGACAACAGUCGGCAAACGACUAUGAAAGAUGAACAGGCAGUUUGUUCAAACUGUGAUUGGUCAGGGUCGCUGGGAGUUUAUUAUCAAGAACAUUUCAAAGUUAAACAUCAGGAUCUAUGGACAUGUUUUGUUCAGACUUCGGACUGCAGUAAUCAUGCUUGGGAAUUCAAUUCAAAGUACUCAACGACAACACUGUUGGAUGGUACAGGUAUUUGGAGAAUUUCUGAUGUCGAUACUCUGAAAAAAAAUCCAAAGAAAGCGAUAUAUUCCAGUCCAUUCUACCUUUUUCCUGGCGGAUACAGAGCAUGUUUGAAGCUGUAUCUAAAUGGCAAUGGCCAAGCACGACACACACAUACAUCGGCAUUUCUUGUUCUCAUUCCAGAUAAAUAUAAUGUGUCAACGUCUUUUUUACCUGACAAAACAUCGAGUUCAUGCCAACGUCCAUUGAAUACCAUGAACAUACCGCACGGCGUUGUCAGUUGCUUUUCGCUAGAUACAUUAGGCAAAUAUCGACAUCAUCAUGUGCAGGAUGACACAAUUUAUAUAAAACUUCAAGUGAAUUUCUGUGCUGAAAUGCCAUUCGCAUCGUUAAUGCUCGGUGUAAAUGAAUCCUGCGAUGACGAAGAAAAUGAAAUUGAGAAAACAGUAUCGAAAUUGCUGGACGAUCUGUUAUGCGCCACAAUGAAGAACACAACAUAA